CUUUAAUAAAGCCUUCAAUUGUUACAUAUAUCCAGGUACCUUACAUAAGAAAAUACCCUUGAUAUCCCGUAGAUAGGUUGGAUAGCAUAAUUUACCUACCUUACCGUAGGUAAUUACCUAACCCAAGACCAUUAAGCUUGACCAAUUGGAUAAUUUAGAAUUUAUUACGCUAGGUAUUAUUGCUCUAAAAACACCAGUUAUAAAAGAACAUUUUACAAACCGGCGCCAUGGCAAGGACGACAAGGUCAAAGGCGAGCGCAUCAACCGCUACGACAUCAGAUUCAAAGUCAACACCGUCUAACAACACCAAGUCGAAAUACACAUUACCUACAGAAUCUACAAAUCCACCUAAGCUUUUCAUACUUCCUACUAGCGCUACAAAAGACGCGAAAAUAGUCUCACUAUUAAACCCAAGAUACGCGAAGCCGACGAGGUAUCUAGUAUGUCCCGAAACCGGUAUCUACGAAUUCACCAGAAUCGCUGCGCCCAAGGCAACGCCCAGAAGUUGGUUAAUAGAAUGCGGGAAUACGGGCAAAGUGGAAGAGAAGACAAGAGAAGAUAGCGAAGAUAGUGCUGAACUCGGUGCUUAUAUCACUAAAGGGGCUGACCUAUAUGUCGCAACCCUUAUCGACCCGAUGUUCCUUCUUCUACCCGCGUUCGCCGACCAAUCUGCCAAUACCAAAGAUGGAAAGCGAAUGUUCGUAUCUAGCGACGACCAUCUCGAUUCUAUACGCGACAAGUCUCCACAUCUAUCUGAAAUAUUACGAUGGGGAAACGUCCGGACGUUGCUAGAGUCGCGGAUGGCCGCGAUAUGCGACACGGCGGAAGCAGGCGACGAAACCAUGUUCCGCUUUAACGAAGAUAAGCUCUUAACUGAAGUCCUGAGCAAAGCACAAAAGAUGAGCGAACAACCGUUGCCGAAGAGCAUGGAGGAGAAGUUCGUGACUAAAGCUUUGGAAGCACCAGUUGUGGGUGUGAAGAGAGAGAAUACGACGACACUGUCUGUCUCCCAGACGGAAACACAAACACAGUCCGAGACCCCUGCAUCCACUUCAACGGCAUCGACCCCUAAACCUGAGUCUGUUGAAAGCCAGUCUUCCACCACAUCUACAGGGACAGCUCCAAGUCUCGUAUCGGAAGUAUCUACGGCCGCUACCUCGGUCGUCGAAGAGUCGGUAACUACCACCACAGCAGAACUUAAGCCCUCACUCGGCGCCUCUCCAGAAAUCAUAGCCCUACAACGCCUGCGCACAGCCUUCCACUUCAUCUGCUCGUGCUACCUCGCCCCGCCACAAGCCGCACAGCUCCAGGCGAAGCUCACGGAGCAAAAACCCCCGCCGGUCGACUUCGCGCCCUUAGACGAUUACCUCGAGGAGGUCAGCAAGCUGCGGCAGGAACUAGCCGCGGCGCGCAGCGUGGGCGAUUACUCGAGAAAGCGCGUGCUGGACGAGGAGGAGCUGGCCGACCGCGCCGAGAAGAAGCGGCGCAAGGAAGAGGAGGAGAAGCGGAAGAAGGCCGGCGAGAGCAAGGGCGUCAGAGAUCUCAAGAAGGUAAAUACGGCGGGGAUGAAGAAGAUGAGCGAUUUCUUCAAGAAAAAGUAGACUACCUACCGGACACAAGAAAUAAUAAUUGGCGUUCGGGAACGGUAUGCAUGGCAUGAAAACGUGUGUAUAGUAUGGUAUUUGGGUUGCUAGGCGUAGUUUUUGGGAUAUAUGUAUAUGUGCCCCGUUCAUCAUCAUUCAUGUAUACCUGAAGUUAGGUAGACAGUUGGCAUAAUCAUCAAAUCAAGCCCAUUUGAAGGCCCUACAAUCAUAUCCGUCCAUCCAUCCAUCCAUCCAUCCAUACAACCCCCCUUUUAAUAGCCUCGCGUCCCUCUUGAUCUACCUCUCAAGAACCCUCGACCAAUCCCCGACGUACCUCUAGCCGUACUCGUCGAGCUCGUGUCUGCUGCGGACGUAGGCCGGCUCGAUACGGAGGAGUACGCGCUCCGCCCCGUGGUCGUUGUUCUGCCUCUGAUACUACCAACCCUACUGCUUCUCGUCCCGCGCACUGUUCCCCUGGUGC